AUGUCGGUCGCUCUUCCACCCCCGCGCCGUUCCCUGCGGCCGCGAGUUGCUUUCCGAACUUCCCUGGCCCUCCUCGCUGUCGCCACGGCGUGUCUCUUCUCUUGUGCGGCUCUCGCGUCUUCUGAAGUUGACUCCGACCGCAGUCAGGCUCCCCCGCGACGCCUAGAGGCAGGCCCAGAGAGCCUGCAGCCUCUCCAAGAGGCAAACGCUGAGAGCCUGCAGCUUCUCCAAGAGGCAAACACUGAGAGCCUUCAGCCUCCCCAAGAGACAAACACUGACAGCCUUCAGCCUCUCCAAGAAACAAACACUGAGAGUCCUAAGCGACGCCUUAAAAUGCGACAGGAGGUAUCUUUUUCCACGACGCUGCGCCCCGCCGGCUCCUCGCGGACACCCACUGGAGGGGAGACGAAGGAGUCCACUGCAGGUUUCGCGAAGCGGCGCGGCGGAACGGAAGAACCGAAGAAAGAACCGCGCCCCGCCGCGAAGGACGAGAGGAAGGCCGUCGAAGCUCCACUGGAGAAGCCUCCGCGGCGGAACCCGGAAGAGGCGGGAAGGGACGACGCCGAGCUCGAGAAGCGACGGAAGGCAGAAGCAGAACCGCAGCCUGCCGAGAGUUUAAAGGUGCGCCUUGACCAUGUGCGAAUCGAGGACAUCGACGGUCCGGAGUCUCGAAUGUCUCGCGACUACGUUCCACGCCCGUCCAACCCCUUCUACGGACACCAUUCUCUCGGAACGAAAGGCAAACACCUUGUGUACCCCUCGGGUCUUCCCUACGUGUACGAGGCCGUCGCGACGCACUCUCCGUCCCCGUCCCCGGCCUCUCUCAGUCUGUCUGAGCCGGGGGCGUGUGCCUUCUUCCUGUACGUACACCCGCUGUAUCCGACCUACACGAAUUCCGGGGACCCGACUCGUGUCCCAGGGCCGAAUGGGGGCGCGUACGAGUCGGCGAGUACGCUGUGGUACUGGCAGCUGCGCGAGCUCCGGCGGCGCGGCGAGCACGACGUGGCGGUCCUCUUUUUUCCUCACUUCCACCCUCGCAUGCUGUCUGUGGGGAGCCUCGCCCACGCGCGGAAAACCCGCGGCAACCGGCGGACGUCCGAGGCGCAAGGCAUCCGCCAGCACGCCGGCUGGUUGGCGAGUCAGACGCGGACGGUCCUUGAACUCCUGUUGGGAGAGGCGUCUCGCGAGGACGGAGGAGCGCAGCCGCCCGCGGCCGCCGACGGCGAGUCUGGAGACGCCCGCGAGACGCGGACCGGCGAACAGAUAGGCAGCGCGGGCGACGACGGCGCGUCGCUCUUGCGGGCGGCGGGGCUGCUCGACCUGCAACAGAAAUGCAGGCGAUGGGACGUCUUCUUCCUCGGCUGGGGCACCGGCGGACUGUCGCUGCGAGCGAUGCUGUCCCUUGGAGCCGCGAUGUGGGUCAACAAGGAAGGCUGGUUCGAGGAAGUGACGAAACUGCAUGCACUCUUUGAAGCGGUGGGUGUGCAGGCGAGUGCCGAGACCGAGGCGACCGAGCAGGUUGAGGUCGACGCCUCCGGAAAGAGAGGGGUCGUAGUCCCGGAGGCAGGUGCGUCGUCCAGGAAGACGCGAAGUUCCCACAGAGGCCAAACGCAGGCUGGGGAAGAGCGCGACGCGCCUGCGUCUUCCGGUCGGAGCGCAGACUGGGACUCCAGACGUGGGACGAGCGAAUCGAAUGCCGCAGAGCUCGACUCAGAAGAGGCUACCGAGGGUGCAAUCGCGGGUGCGCAGCCGGGCGCGCCGGCAGCGUCUGUACACCUGCGAACCGUCAGUUUCCUGGGAGUGCCGCACGCCGGCGUUGGGAGCCAGUCGGGAAAGAAUCGCGGGAUCGAGAAGCUCGGAUGGACCAAAUGGUUGAUGGGCUUGGUGCCCGAGAGUUUGAUGCGGCGGUUCGGGAACACGACGUACAGGCGGGAGUUGCUCCACGUGGACCCAGACCGCGUGCUCUGUUCCCUGGCCCAAGAGGAGAAACAGAACUACAGUUUCCCAGCGCGCGAAGGCUCGCUCCUCUCGGCCUUUGAAACCGUUCUCUUCUACGGGUUCCUGAACACGGAGUACGACUUCCCCACUUUGAGUCAGCUGGGAGUGAGCGAGGCACUCCUCCUGACGUCGGAAGCCGUCGACCUGCUGCAAAGCAACCCCGAGGCACAGAGCCGCUUCUUCUACAUGAACCCCUUGCAAACGUCUCUGAACAAAAUCGACAUCAUGGCCUCGACGCGGUUCGCGCCUCUCGUCCAGGACCGGAGCACAUGCAGUUCGCUGUCCCUGAGGAAAGUGUACAGCUUCGUGCUGAAGGUACUCGAAGUCGUCAACCGUUACCAGACACCCAAGAGCGUCGUCCCGAGGCGCUACAUCGCCCUGAAGGGUCGGAACUUCUACGACACGCCCGACGACGCCUCGUCCUGGACGCACCUCUUCCACGAGAAGGAGAAGCACGAGAACGCGGCCGCCUCCCGGUACAUCUACAUUCACCAGGCAGUCCGAAUGAUGCAGAGCGCCGAGGCUCAGGAACUGCCUUUCGACGAUGACCACCACGAGCAAAUCAGCGGCGCCUGGUUCUAUCGCCGGGCUUGA